AUGUCAAUGGACCCAUACCAGCCUCUGGAGCGCAGCGAUAGUAGUGGUGACAGCUCGUAUUCCUUGCUCACUGAGCAAGAGACUGUCAGAGCCGCGGAAGUUGCUGCAAGACAGGCAGUCGACCCGCAAAACCUUCUUGCCCAACAACAAUCCCACGCACCGCCUCCGGUGCUGGCUUAUUACCAAGCACCCCCUCCGGCUCAAUACCAAGCGCCCCCUCCAGCUCGAUUCUUUUCCCCACAACAACAACAACCGCAGGCACCAAAUGCGGCACAUCAGCGGAAUCCACUCAUCCAAGCUCAAUGGGGAAACUCAAUUUCUGGUGGUUGUCACCAACAUGCCUACAAACAACCACCGGCAAGACCUCCCGGUCCGCCAUCUUUCCUGCAACAUCCAUAUCGUGGUCCCCAGUCAACUGAUCAUUGCUUGCCGCAUGCAGUGCCGCAACAGCCACCACCCGAAGAACAGCGCUUUUUAGCGCAACAGGUGGCACUGCAGCAGGCCCAAAUUGCGCAACUGCAAACACAGAUUGGAGAGAUGCGUAGGAAUGGCCACAUGGUGGCCUCCUCCUCAAAUUCAGCCAGUCCAUCAAUCUCUCUGGAGCAUCUUGAGAGCGCCGUAAUUCUGAAACACGACUUUAAAAAAGAAGACGAAAACUUGAAUGAGUUGUCAAAACUCUAUAAGAACCAGCGCGUCUUUAUCAAGGCAUGUACAAACCCUCGAGUGGAUCAGCCCUAUGACUUGCUCAAACUCCAAGAGUUUCUCAAGUUUGUCUUUGAAUGGAUUCCAGGCCACCAAAGGCUCAACGAAGACGUAUCUUUUUGGGUCCUAGAAGACAGGCUGACUAAGUCACUACCCUCAGGAUACAUACCUUUGGACUGGAAAGAUGACAAGUACCCCCAUGUUCUUGGAGAAUUACAUGGUAAGCGUUUUGUCAGAGCCAGCAUUGCGUGCAUCGUUCAUGACCUGGUUGGUGCUAGACACGUGUGCAAAGAGUGCAAGAAACGUAACAAGCGCAGGAGAGACCAAGAAGAUGACACCGAAAGUGAUGUUGAUGAUGAUGAUAGUGGCAGCUCUGGUGGCAGAGACAAUAAGCCUUGCCGUGACGGGGAUCAUCAAAUGGAAGACAGCAACAACGGCAGCGGAGGAGGGUCUGGUAGUACAUGUAGCAGAAAGAAGCGAAGCACAAAGAAGAAACAAAGAGGAAACGGAGGAAAGAAAUCCGAUUCCGCUGUUCGACGUGCUUACAUUGACUAUCCAAGUGAUGGCACAAGCAGCUUUGAUAGCGAUGACGAGUCCAUGAUCUUCACGGACGCCAGUACCGACAGCGACAGUGACGACAGCCACGACGAUGAUGGCGAUGAUGAGGGGUCCGCUGGUCAAAGUGGUUCUCCUUCAGAAGUCUGUUCUGGGCAGGAUCGUCAAGACCGCGAAGAACCUAUGAGGCGACGGAAACCGCUCGAAAGCCUUGAGGAUCAGCAGAAUGACAUGGAGGCUGUGAGGAACAACCAAACUGCCGAGACUCAAAUCUUGCCAGAGAGUCCGGCCAUCAUAGAGGAGGAGAAGAUUGCUGAAAUGGAAUCAGUCGACCAUAUGAACAAGGACGAGCAUCCUGAAAUUUCGACUGACAACAAGGCGGGGACGGAACUCAUCAGUGAAGCUCAAGUGGAGGACAAGGCGAUCCAUGCCGAGAUCCUUGGUGAAACCCUUCCUGCUUAUUGGCAGCCGACAACGGAAGCAAGUUCUGCCCACACGUUCACUGAGGCUGAAAUGGAAGAGCUUCGAUUCGCUCUGCCCGACGUUCCGCCAAGCAUGGCAGAGACUAAAGGCCAACCCGAGAAAAAAUGGUCAACCGAUGAGAGGGCAGCAAUGAUGAGCCUCAGCAGAGGUCAACGUGAUCCAAACGAAAACAAAAUCUGCCUUCGGGCCCCGAUUCCCACCCAAUCACGGAGUGCCGACGCUUCAAACACGGAAAAAUUGAGAACCUUAAGUACAGCGGUACCGCAAGGUUUACAGGGGUUUAGAGGACCGCAAUGGAUCUUCCCACACACAGAGGAAAAGAGCACUCGGAAUCAUGAACAGCAAUCACGAUCAGUACCGGUAACAUCCAGAACAACAACAACAACCACAACAAAAGUCCCAGCAGCAACUCCCAUUAGUUUACAGCUGCCUCGUAAAGGAAGCUUCCAGCAGACGACCCACUACCACGAUACCAACACAAACACAACCAUGUCGGACGACAAUGGAAGUGACGGCUCAUGGCAAGAUGUAGCCAAGGCGGCGCAGAAGCCAUGGGCUUGUGCUGUUUGCACUCUAGAGAACCCACCCGAUUUCUUGGCGUGUCAAGUCUGUGGCACGACGCGAGACACGACGGAGGUUGCCAAGCGGACGUCUGCGAAGGGCAAUAAUUUAGUGGAGCCGCCAACUGUAAUCAAAAAGAAGGAGGAACCGGCUGCCAUCAGCCCGCCCAAGCCUGACGAAAUCCUCGAUUUGUUGAGCAAGUACGGACACGCCACGUUUGACCAUGGCGGCAGGGUCGUCUCUGUGGAGAGCUCUCCUGGACGAUCCUCGUGCUUUUGCUUUUCCACAUGGUUCGCCUGUGGCGACGACGACAAGGCAAACUUCCAAAGUCUGCUGCAACAAGCGAUGGAACUGAAUUUCACGUACUUGCAACGACCCGGCAAGGGCGGUUGUCUGGGAUGGGACACAGAAAAGAAUCAGCUUUCCUACAGUUGGUGCACGGAAAAUAGUAGUUCAUCAUCCAAGAAACCAUUCCAAUCCAUGUUGGAACACUAUUUGAAGACUGCAAUCGAGCUUGCCCAGACAUUCCGCAACGAUCAUGACUCCAAACCCAAUUCCAAACUCCCCCAAAAACGCAACGUCAGUCGUAGUAGAUCUCCACGAAGGAAACAUUCGCCUUCCCGCGACAAGACCAAUGCAGCGCCCCAGAAAUUCAAGUCGGCGCCAGUAGUCGAGUACAACAGCUUUCUGUCCCUCAUCCAACAACAAGACGUGUCAGGUCUCUUUCAAUGGAUGUCCGAUUAUUGCGUGAACAAGAAUGAAAGGGGGGACAACACGGUUGUGGUCUUGGAGGCAUUGAUGGGGUUUGUUGAGCAAGACGAAAGUUUACGGAACCAAGCUGUCGCACUCGGACCAACUGCCCUGCAACCCUUACUGGAAACACUGUCAUCAUGGAACCACCGUCCGCUAGCCGGUAUGAUUCUGGCCUAUCUCCUCUGCUCCCACCGCCCGCUGCAACACGUCCACAAAUACCAAGACCAAAUCCAGGGUUCCUUAUUCGAUCAAGCACUAGACGAGAAAGACGGAAUACCCAGCACCAAAAUUCGAUACGUUGUGGGAGCUGCCAAACGAUGUUGGGAUGGCCGAAGGAUGUCAUCACAAACGGACUACUAUGAUGACCUCUUUGCGGCGAUUCAAUCACACAGACAGCAACAAGCCACGGACAAGUUGAUCGACAUGCUAACAACGCAAGAACAGAAUGAAUUGUGGCAGUAUCCGCAGCUCCAAGUGACGAUUGUGGUGUAUUUGAUCAACGCUGUCGAAACGGACGCCACGCUGGGAGACAAGAUCGUUCCCGCCGUGCCGUGUCUCCUGGAGACCUUUUAUGCGACCCCUUCGAGUGAUCGCGAAACGCGUACCGUGUGUGCCAUGCUCGUCGCCUUGUUGCUGCGUUCUGACAGCCUGUUGAUCGCGGCGGACGACGUUCAAAAACAGGCCAUUCGAGAUUGCGUCGAGUUUCUCUGUUCCGCCACGGGAGAUCUUACCGUGUACCAGCCAAUCGGCACGGGGGUGGCGAAACGACCCGCCGUCGAUUUGCAAAUGUCGCUCCAAGGCAUUGUCUAUGCCGGUGAAAAGGCACGGUCACUGCUAGCGCGAGGACCGGUGCAUGUCGCUCCUCCCGUCGCCACGUUCAAGUUUUGGGCGUGUGCAUUCUGUCCACUCAAAGAGAAUCCCUUGGACGUGGCGGUUUGUCAAGCCUGCGGCAAACAGAAAUCGGGACAUGCAAAGAAGGCUCCUCCCAAGCUCGCUCGUCCCGGUAUGGUGACCAGGGCUCGAUCCGUGCUCACCAACUGGAAACACUUUGCCGCCCACCUCAAAGCAGUGUCCACCUGCACCGAUGAUCCUCCAAGGCAACUACAAUUGGCUGUAGAUUUGAUGAAAUCGGUCGAGCAUGAUGCCAAUGCCAGGGAAUGCAUGGUCUCGAUGGAUUCAUUCCACUACUUGCUUUCCAUCUUUCGAGACACAUCGGAACGGGACCGAGAGCUCCGAACAGCCGUAGCGUUGAUACUGGCAUAUUUGCUCCGGUCUUGUUACCCUCAAAAGAUCCCUGCCCUCAACAAAGAAAAGCGACAAGAAAUCAUGAGGAUCCUGGACUUUUUGCAAGACAACAAGCGUGAAAUCAUGAUUGGAGGAACAGAAAUGAGCCCACAAGCUCUGAUAUAUGUGUCUUCGCAAGCCAGGAACUAUUUCAAUCACAUUGACGCGCACGACACAAGAGAAACCCGUCUAGUUUCCAGCAAGUCAAAAGCAACAAUUUCUGGCCCAGCAGUGAAGAGAGACAAGAACGUUGGCCUGGCAGCUUGGAGCAUUGAACCCUACCUGCAUUUUCUGAAAUCCAACAACGAGGAAAGAAAGCUUGAUGCAGUCGUAUCGCUGAUGAAGAUUGCCAAAACUAGCCCCACGCAACGAGCUUUGAUGCACAACUACGGCAUUGCAACACGGUUGGUUGACAUAGUGUUCGCUGAUGGAAGCGCCGAGCUGAAGGUUGCUGCAGCUCUGACAUUAGCAUACAUCAUGCCGGGAGGGGAUGAGUCGGCCUCACCCAGACCGUUUGAUGAGACAAGUGAGAUUCUUAGAGUCUUGGAGGCGUGUGGAGGCAGAGAUUUUACUGUGAAUGGUGUCGAAAUCCCAUCGCAGGAACUGGAGUGGGCACUGGACAUCUUUCGAAGAUCCGCUUCUCCCAAUCAGGUUGCUAAAGUCGAUUUCGCUCGAAGUGGCACCACUAGGGAAAGUUUGACCUGCGACGAUGAUGUGAAACAAAGCAAGCAAAUGACCACCUCAAACCUGGACCUGGAAUAUCUCUACCGAGAAAAGGAUGUCACCAGGCUAUUGGGUUUACUGCGUGCCCGAACAUGCAGAAUGCUUGACGCUGCUUUGCUACUUUUCUCAUUGCUCAAGCGCAACUCAGAUAUUGGGGAAAGAGAUGUUUCCAGCAACGGCCUCAGCUGCCUUCUGGACAUCUUUUCGGACUGGGCAAACACCUCCGAUGAAUUGCGUCUGGCGGUGGCUUUAGUAGUAUCCUUACUGGACCCCUCGGUGGAGCUAUCUUUCGAAUUGAAAAAAGGCUCCUUGAAUUGCGUCAAGUUUCUUGAGAAUCAUCGUUCCGAGGCCCAACGAAUAAGAGCAAGAGCUUCGAACAAGGUGAAUGCAGCCAUGGAGUUCAAGCUCGAGCCCACUUCCUAUAACUACGUCCAAGAAAAUGGCAACGCGGGGAUACUUCACGCCAAUUCACUUGGUCUUGUGUGCAACGCAACUUCUUGGACUUGGGAUGUCGUCAUUGAUUGCAAGCCUCAAACGAAGGCGUAUGUGAAGAUUUCUACAUCGGAUCCCAACUGCCCUACCAUGACUCUCAACAUGCAGAACCAGGAAACGGCACGGCUAUUGAUAGAUGAUGCCCUUGGCCGCAAAAGGCUUUCGAGUGCUCAGCAUAUAGAUGCAUCAUCAGGUGAUGAAACCGAUUCAAUCAGCGACGACGCAGUGCUAACCGUACCUCGGUAUUUGGACAUAUCCUUUGCUGAUAAGCCUGGAUUCCUUGGUGUGAGCGUUCACCAUCUCGAGAACUUCUUCUUGCCUCAAGUCAAGAAAACCAGGGGUCUGAAAAGUGGUUCCAAGUUCUACGAAAUUGAAAACCUCCAAAAGGCAACAGGGUUUGUGCGUGAACAAGGGAAAUCCACCAUCUGCCCAAUUGACGGCAGAUUGGGAGCCGCUUAUGUGCAUUGUCUCAAAGGGCAGGACCAUGUGGGGCUAGCCAACCACAUGCUCAGCUGGACGUGGAGUUAUUCUGUCAAAAAUGUAGUGGAAACUCUUGUCUGGUAUUGCGAGAAAAAUAAGUAUGACCCCAAGAGAGUUUAUGUUUGGAUCUGCUGCUUAUGCCUGAAUCAGCAUCGAGUUGUUGAAAAGUCCAACGACUCGGAGGUUGGCAAGUCUGGAAUGGACAGUGCAGACUCGUCGGUAGAUUUUGAAAAUGAAUUUCAACGCAGGGUGCUGGGCAUUGGUCGUGUCUUGAUCAUGAUGCGCCCAUGGAGCGAUCCUGAAAAUCUACAAAGGGUCUGGUGUGUUUUCGAGUGCUUUAUGGCCUACUACAGCGGCUGCGAAGUCUCAAUUGUGAUGCCACCAGCCGAGCAUGACCGGAUGGGUAUAGACCUUUUCUCUUCUUUUGGAUAUGAGCAUGGGAUUGAUUCCCUUUAUGAAGCUUUGAAUAACGUGGAUUUGGAGAAGGCAAAGGCGUCGGUGGAGCAGGAUCGUGUAAGGAUCCUACAGCUGAUUCGGGAACGGAUCGGUUUUGAUGAAGUCAACAUGUUAGUCCGGGAUAGGCUUCGGCUUUGGGUGAGACAAGUCAUUGACUCCUUAGUCAAGCUACGAGAAAGUAAUGAGCUCGACAACAGCAGAUUGGGCCCUGAGGGUGAUUCUCUUAUGGGAUCGGAGACUGACAUAGUCACAGACAAAACUGCCAGAUUGGACUAUUGCAAGUUUCUGAAGCAAGUUGGAGAUAUAUACGAAAAGUACGGUGACUUGCCUUCCGCUCACAACAUGUUCAACAAGUGCUUGUCACUCAAAGUUGCAAUCCAAGGUGAAGCCCACUUGGAUGUUGCUGACGCUUGCACUGACCUGGGUCGAACACUUUUCUCUCGAGGAAUGCUCAAGAGUUCAAUGGAGAUGUACCUUCGAGCGAUGCGCAUCCGAGAAAGAGUUGGGGGAGUCGAUGCGGACACGUCAUCAACUUAUUUCCUUGUGGGUCAACUGCUGGGAGAGAUGGGUGACAGUGAUGAGGCCAUUGCAGAGAUGCAGAAAUGCUUGGCCAUGCAGGAACACCUAGAAAAACAUCGCGAGGCAGCUUUUACACGUGCUCACAUUGCCAUGCUGCUCGGCGAAAGCAACCUGGAGGCUCUAAGGCAGCAGGGUUUGAAAAUGGCACGCAGUUCGCUGGCAGCGCUUGAGGGUAUCUGGCAAAGAAAGAACCACCCGGACAUUGCCUUUUGUUACUACGUGAUGGCAAACAGCUUGAAAGAGUCCAAUGUCGAACAGGCAUUGUUGAUGAUAAACCAGUGUCGCACAAUCCAAGAAUCAGUGCUGGGAAAACGCCACCCCUCUCUAGCAAUCACAUACAACUGUCACGGUGAUAUAUUGCGGCGUCAAUACCGACUGCAUGACGCCAUGGAGCAAUAUCAAAAUGCGUUGAGGGUGUACCAAGAAACCAUUGGAUCCAGUCCGGUCAAAAUUGCACGUACCUACGCCAACAUGAGUGUGGUGGCAUCGUUCUUGAAGAGUCACGAGGAAGCAACAGAACUCCAUGAUGGUGCACUCGCAUCGAUUGAAUCGUCAUCCGAAGCUAUGGAUCAGGAGUUGGUGCUGAUAUACAGCACCGCUGGCGAAGAGUUGUUUGAGAGGAAUCAGCAUGACCUGGCUGUCGUUUUGUUUCGUCGAGGAUUGGAUGUGAUGGGAGCCAUGCUCGGAAAGGAUCAUCCCGACCUUGCAGCUGGUCAUGAUGCUGUGGCACUGACUAUGUAUAGCAAUGGUGACUAUGCUGGGGCGCUGCAUGAGUACAAGCGCUCUCUGAACAUCAGGAAAGCACUUCUGGAAGAGGACAGCCCUGAAGUGGUGGAGACCACCCAGCUCAUCCGUCGCACCACAAUUCAGAUCUUGGAACGACGAGGCAGCAUGCUUGGUUUCAUUACUCAAUAA